AUUAUUCAAAUUCAAAUUCAUCAUAUCAUAUCAAUCAAUAUUUUUUUUCGUCUGUUUUGUUUACUGAGCUAAGGAUUUAUGUAAAUUUGAAUUGAAAAUUCGGGAUUUGAAAGGAAUUUUGGUUAGAAAAUUUUCGAAUUUUUGUAACCAAAAGAAAAUCAACAAAAAAAAGGAUAACAAAGCUUGUUUCCCAACAACAAACAUCAACAAAUUAUUUUCUGUUCGAAAAAUCGAAUAUUGUGACCAACCGACCAACAUAAUAACUGACUGAAUCGCAUUCGGGAUAAAAACCCAAAAAAGUUGAAAAAACCAAGACAAAAAAUUAAUCUUCAUCAUCAUCAUUUUUUCUGAAAAUGGAACGAAAAAAAUCUCGAUCAAAAUUGGUUAAAGAUCAACAAUUAUUUGAUUUACCACCAGAACCACCACCACCACCACCAUCGCCACCACCACCACCAAUACAAAAUAGUUCAUUCAAUAAUACACAUCUAUCAUCGAUAAUCGGUGAAGAUUUUUUUAUACAUCGUUAUAUUUGUUCAAUUUAUGUUUUAAUUUCUGUACAAUGUUCAUUGACAAUGAUUUGUAUUUUGUUGGCCGAACGAUUCAGUCCGGAAAUUUGGCAAAAACAAUCAAUACAUUUAACGAUUGUAUUUGGUUUGUUGACAUUAUUUUUAUUUAUCUAUAUUAGUUGUCGUCCAUUAUUGGAUAAAAAUAACAAUAACAACAACAACAAUCAAAAUGACAAUCAACAGCAACAAAUUUUUCAAAAAAUUAAAAAUUCAUUUUAUUGGUUCGAUGCUAUUUUAUUGAUAAUUUUUACAUUUUUCCAAACCAUCCUGCUAACAUCAAUCAGUUUUAUUCAUAUAAAUAUAUUCGCAAAUUAUGGCCAUAAUAUUAUUAAACCAUUGUUAAUAUUAAUGUUUUGUUGGAGUACAAUAACAUCAUUAUUUCGUUGUUGGUAUCAUUAUAAUCAAUUUGCAAUGAAUUCAUUUGGUAAGUUUUUCAGUCUAGAACCAAAUAACCUAUCCAAUGGUAUACGACAAACAUUUUUUAUUGAAAUGAUUAUUACAUCAAUAUUAAUGUUUUCAAAUGAUUAUCAAGAUAAUAAUAAUGAUCAUAAUAUUAAACAUAUUUAUUUAGCUAUACAAUUAGCAUUUAAUAUAACAAUUUUUAUGAUUUUGUAUUUUGCAUAUGGAACAAGAUUAUUUUUAAAUGAAUCUUAUCAUCAACAACAUGGUGGUUAUCAAGUGAAUAAAAUUCUAAUCGGUUUAUUAUGGAUUUAUACAUAUCCAUUUAGAUUUUUCUAUCAAUCAUUACGUACAAAGAUUUAUGAAUGGAAAAAAUGAAAUGAAAAAAGAUUGAUGAUGAAAACAAGCAAAUAUUUAACCCUC